CGAAGAAGGUGUUUUUUUUUUUUUUUUUUGUAAGGAAACUUGAAAAAGGUGUUUAAAACGUUAAUAUCCUCUAGAGAUAAAGUUAGAACUGGGUAUGAACUCGAGAUAAAAUGGAUUUGACACAUUCAUUAUGACUUGCGGUAACAAAGUGUUAUGUACUUUACUCACAUAGAGGUGAGUUAAUUAUUAAGAUGAAUAAAAUGAAACGACAAUAGUUACCUUGGUAAAAUUGGGGACAUUAUAAUGAUGUGAUGAUGAGUGUUGUAGAGAAUUCCAAUAUAUCAUAUAUGACAUUAGUUCCAACUUCCAAGUUGCAAAACAGUAUAGAGUCAAAGAAAGAGUCGUUGGUUGAUUGAAAUGAAAGAAGAAUACAACAAAAAAGGCGUUUGAUGUCGGCCUGAGUUGAUGAAUAUUUGAUAACAAAGGCACGUGGUACAAACAUGGGCGCCGACUACUAAAGCAACCCAUAUACUGUAGGAAUUAGGAAGAGUAUGUAGAUAGAUACUUGAUCUGUUGACUAAACCCUGCUUGCUAGCUUUAAUUUAGUGGUGUAGUAUUGUAUUGUAUUGUAUAUUUAUUCAUUCAUAUCCUGGUCCCUAACCUUAACUAACUCUUCCUUGGAAUUCCUACUACGUAGCUUCUAGUCAAGUCCUCCCCAUCCCAUGAUCCCCAUGCAUCCCCUUUCUGCCUUUAUCCUCUUAUAUUUCUGACCUCAUUUCCCUUUCAUGUAAGCCGUCCAUAUCUAUGAUAUGUUACUCCAACUCUUCCAUUUACCUCAAACACUAUACAUAAUACAUGUGAGAGGAAUUGAAUGCAGAUGCAGGGAAUGGAGGUUAAUUGUGUUCAUUCUCCUAGGAAUAUGUACUAACAUUACUGCCCCAAAAGCGACCACUCAAUUUGCAUUAUUUAUUGUUUGACAAUGACACCCUUAAAUACACCACUAGGAACUAGGAACUAGGAUCUAGGAUUCUUGGAUUCAAUUCUUAGUUCAUUUGGUAACUUUUAUGUAUUUGUUUUGUCACACUAUGCUAUUUACAGCUCUGUUACUUUCAUUCCUGGUAUAUUAAUUAUGCACUAUAUAUAUCAUAUAUGCCUAGGCCCUAACUGAUCAAGCAGCAAGCAGCAAGCAGCAAGCAAGUUAAUAGUAGUAUAUCAAAUUACUCACAAUCAUAUUCAAAUUUCAAAAUGUCUGCUUCUCCAUUUUUAUGUGUGGUGGAUGAUGAUGGACACCAUCCUCAUCUCCAGACUACUCUUCAUCCUGCAGACAACCACUAUGCCUCCUCGUCGUCUAUUAAUAACUUGAAUUCUAAUUUCCAUUCCGAUUUCUCAUGUAUUACUAAUAAUUUCACUACUUUUGAGGAAUUUUCUCAGUGUUAUAAUGAUAUUCAUCAGCAAUAUCAUGAAGCCACCAAUGUUGCUAAUAUGCUCACUGCUGUAUCUGAAAACACCAACACUACUUUCAGUCCUAAGGGUAUAAGACAGAAUGCGAAAGGGAGACAAAGAAAUCGGAGGAAUGAGAAGAAGGAAGACAAUAAUUAUGUCGUAGAAAGGACGAGUUUAAAUAUGAGUAAGAAAGCGGAGGAAAGAAGAAUUUAUGAUGAUGAGGAUGCAGCUGGUUGCAGAGAUGGGUGUGUGUAUGUGAGGGCCAAGAGGGGUCAAGCCAUAGACAGUCACAGUCUUGCUGAAAGGGUAAGAAGACAAAAAAUAAGUGACAAGAUGAAGCUCUUGCAAUCUCUUGUUCCUGGUUGUGACAAGGCAGGAGGCAAGAUCCCUGUACUAGACAACAUAAUAGACUAUAUACACUCCUUACAAGAUCAGGUCGAGUCCCUAGCGACAGAGGUUGCUUUAGUUGAUCCCACAUUUGAUGUAAAUUAUCUUGCAGUAGAAUCAGCUGUGACACAGACAGAGAUAUCAUAUGGUAGUGGUGGUGGUUCAGAAUGUUCAAGGAUAACGAGUCAAUAUCAAUCCAUCCCUUUGAAUGGAACUAGUACUCGGCCACUUCCCUCACCUUGGCUUGCUCUGCUGGAAGACCGGGAAUAUACAAUUUAGUUUGAUGAAUUUAAUUUAUAAUUUUAAGGAGUAAUCAACCCGCCCCCCCUCAUUCACUUGGAAAUUGGAAAUUGGAAAUUGGAAAUUGGAAAUUGGAAUGGGGGCAGAGGUGGUGCAUGUAUAUGUUGCUCUUUCACUGUAUUCAUCACUUGAGACUUGAGACUUGAGACUUGAGACUUGAGACUUGAGACUUGAGACUUGAGACUUGAGACUUGAGACUUGAGACUUGAGACUUGAGACUUGAGACUUGAGUUGUAUAAAUCAUAUAUAGGAUCCCCGGCCUCUUUUCUAUUCCUCUGUGUAUAAUUAAGUUUCUCUAUGUCUAUCAUAUUCAUCCACUUUCUUAAUUCUGAAGAAAAGACUUAUUCUUUAAUUUCAAGCUCCCCUACCUCAGACCUCCAAUGUAUGCUUUAGUUUUCACAUUAUCCCAAUAAGCAAAAGCAUUUUGUUAUGGUUGUGUAAAUUAUAAUCGAUCAUAAACAAUAUAAUUAGAGGAAGCUGAUUUUCUAAAGCAACAGGAAUAAAACACAUAAGG